AUGCUCCGGCACCUACGCACUCGGCGGCGUCCCCGCUACGGCGCGCACCUCUGCGCGCUGAUCGCCGCCGUGCUCCUCCUCUUCUCGGUCUCCCUCCUCUACAGCCGCCUGUCCUUCUUCAGCUCCCACCCCCAGCACUCCCACCCCCUCCCCCACGACUCCCUCUCCUUCAACCCCCUCCUCGACGAUCUCGACUCUGAGGCCCUCACCACCUCCACCUCCAACGACGACCGCAUCGACGAGCUGGACGACGCCGUCGCCGACGACGGCGGAAACGGCAGCAGCGAGGAGAUCCUCGCCGAGGAAGAUGAGGAGGACGCCUCCGCAAACCAGAACGGCGCCGUUUCUUCGAAUUACUUCUUCGACCCCGUGAGGGGCGUCAUCAGGAGAUCCUUCAACCGCCGCUCGAUCGAGGAGUGGGAGGACUACGUCCCGUUCAAUUUGAAGCUCACUUCCGAUUUAGGGUUCAGCCACGAUGAGUCCAAGCCCGUCUUCGGGUCUGACGAUGUUCUGGUAAACGAGAAACUGCGGAAAAAAUUGAGUGAGGUGAAGAAAGUCGAGGAUGCUUUGUUGUUGAAGGGGUCUGUACUGAGGGAAGGGUGGGGGGAAUGGUUCGACAAGAAGGGUGAUUUUUUGAGGAGGGAUCGGAUGUUCAAGUCCAAUAUCGAGGUUCUGAACCCGUUGCAUAAUCCAAUUUUGCAGGAUCCAGAUGGAGCUGGAGUUACUGGAUUGACUAGAGGCGAUAGAGUUUACUUGAAGGGUCUUUUGAAUGAGUUUAAGAAGACCUCCUUUUUGACAAAGAAGCCAUUGUCUAUUUCCAAAUCAGAAAUUGGCAAGGAGGUCAGUGAUGAGAAAGUUGGGAGGGCAGCGGAGAGGAGGACUUUGAACGAUGAUCACAUCCGUAAAAUUAGGAGUAAGGAGGGUCUAGAGAAAGAUUAUUAUGCAGACGGGAAGAGAUGGGGUUAUUAUCCUGGUUUAGAGGGAAGAUUGUCAUUCGGGAGUUUUAUGGAUGCAUUUUUUAGGAGAGGGAGAUGUAAGAUGAGGGUGUUUAUGGUGUGGAACUCACCACCUUGGAUGUUUGGUGUUCGGCAGCAGAGGGGACUUGAGAGCCUUCUGUAUCAUCACAUGGAUGCAUGCGCGGUGGUGUUAUCUGAGACAAUAGAGCUCAAUUUCUUCAAUGGUUUUGUAAAGGAAGGUUAUAAGGUGGCUGUUGUGAUGGCAGAUCUUGAUGAGCUGCUGAAAGAUACACCAACUCGUAUUUUUGCUUCAGUCUGGCAUGAGUGGAAGAAGACAAAAUAUUACCCAACUCACUACAGUGAAUUAAUCAGGCUUGCCGCCCUUUAUAAAUAUGGUGGAAUCUACCUUGAUUCGGACAUGUUAGUGUUGAAGUCACUAUCCGAUCUUAAUAAUACGAUUGGAUUCGAGGCCGAGCCUGCUGGAAGCUCUUUGAGUGGUGCUGUGAUGGCAUUUAGAAAGCACAGCCCAUUCAUCAUGUCGUGCUUGGAGGAGUUUUAUGCUUCAUAUGAUGACACCCAGUUGCGGUGGAAUGGUGCUGAUCUUUUAACCAGAGUGGCCAACAAAUUUUUGAGUAAUAAAGAUAUUCCUGACAUGGGAAAUGAGCUCAUAUUGCAACCUGCUUUUGUCUUUUCCCCUAUUGGUAACAAUUCUAUUUCAAGAUACUUCACUGCCCCGAAAACAGAGACUGAGAAGCUCGAACAAGAUCGUCUCUUUCAAAAAACAUUGAACCAGUCGACCACCAUUCAUUUCUGGGACAGCUUAACCUCUGCUCUAAUUCCCGAAACUGACAGCCUUAUUUUCAAGUUCCUGAACCGUUAUUGCAUUCAUUGCUCGGAUGUUUUGUGA